AAUUUAAUGCCAUACUGCUCUCUAUUUGAAAAAAAAAAAAAUAAUGUAGCAAGUAAUAAAACUAUUUAAUCUGAGUUGUGAUCGUCAGAGAGUAGCUCUAUUUUGUUUGAUUUCUGAUGAAGACUUUAUCGUCCGGUGCAAGUAUAUUGAGAUUCGCACCGCUAUGUAUGUUGAGACAUGUUUCUGUAGGCUUGUUUGGCCGUGAGCUCUAUUGUACUUCUCGAACAUCCGGUCGACGAAACAGAAGAAAAGGAAGUAAGAGUGCAUGCCGGACACUUGUCACGUGUCCUCAGUUGCUCCGAUUUUUCCCAUUUACGUCUGUUUGGCUGCCAGGAAGCAGAGGAAGCCAGUUCCUUCUUACUCUAUUAGCCGAUUCAAUUCAGUCGCGCAACAAAGGUUUUGUGUUAAUGGCAAAGAAUAGUGACCGUAACAUGGAGUCUACAGCUGAAGCAAAGUAUGCUGCAUUUGAAGAAAAAGUGAAGCGGACAAUUUUUCUUUACAACCUCUCACCCCAAGUAACCAAAGCUGUCUUAAGAAAAGCUUUAGAUCAGUUCGGGACUGUGGUGAGUGUGAGUUUCAUUCCAAACUACUUGGAGUCUAGGAACUUCACUUGUGCUUUGGUAGAGAUGGAAGACUCUGUGAAAGCCAACAAAGUCAUCUCAUCCAUAAGUCAAUGUCCUUUCAUGGUGGCUGGGAUGCCAAGGCCUGUAAGGGCCCGUCAAGCUGAAGUUGAGAUGUUUGAUGAUCGCCCAGUGAAGCCUGGUAGAAGGGUAAGUUGCAAUUGGUUAAACCCAAGAGACCCUGAUUUUGAGGUAGCAAAGAAACUGAAGCGCCUUACCCGAAAGCAUGCUGCUGAAGCUUCUUUCUUGCUCAAGCAUCAAGUGGGCAGAGAAGAGAAGCUACAUAAGCAACAGGCGGAGACCCUCAGAGCUAAUUUUAAGAAGUAUGAGACAAUAGCUGGUGUCUUGAGCGACAGAACUGCUCAGAAGUUGGCUGGCCACUAUGGCAUGAGAGUUUCGGAUGAUUCGUAGGGUCUGUUUUCUCUUUCCUUGUUUCAGUGACAUGUUAACAGCAUAUUUCAUCAUUUUGAAAGGUGAUUUUGGAUAGUCUAAAAUUCGGUUUUCUUUUGGUUGGAACAUUGAGUUGGCGCAUAUACAUGUACGAUUUAAUAGAAUCACAUCUGAGUAAUUUUGGUGACA